CCGCCGCCGCCGGCGCGGGCGUCUUCGCGAAAAAACCAAACAGCGAUCUCUGCCCCGCCGCCGCCGCCGCCGCCGCCGCCGCGCCGCCCUUCCCCUUCUUGAACCCCCCCGCCGCGGUCGCCGCCGACGACGCCGGGGUCUUGUUGAGCGUGCCGUUCAUGCGCGGAAGCACGAGCGACGUGAGCGGGUCGUCGUCGUCCGCGUUGAACGCGGGCGCCGUCGGCUUCGUGGCGGCGGCGAAGGCGGUCGCGUCGGCGUCGGCGUCGCCGUUGCCGUUGCCCGCCGGCGCCGCGUUUUCAUUCUCCCCGCACUCGUCCGAGUCGCUCGCCUUGCCCGCGUCGCGCGAAUUCGACGGCGGGGACACCUUCUGCUUCUUCCCCGACGGGACGUCCCCGCGCGCGGGCUCGUCGUACACCGUCGCCGCGGCUCGGAUCUCAUCCGGCGCCUCCUUCUUCUUUUGCUUCUUCGCGGGCGGCGAUCGUCCGUCGACGCCCGUCGCGCCAGGGUCCGCCGGUCGCUUCUUCGCGACGGUCUUCUUCGACGCGCCGCCGCAGAGCGCGGACGACGCCGCCUUCUUCGCGAGCUUGAACGGGUUCAUCUUCUUCUUCGCCUCGUCCUUCUUCGUCUUGUGCUCCGCCUUCUCCCGCUCUCUCCGCGCGCGCUCCUCAGCCUUCUCCCGCUCCUUCCUCGCCUUGGCCUCCUCCUUCUCCUGCUCCUUCCGCUCCUUCUCCUCAGCCUUCUCCUGCUCCUUCCGCUCCUUCUCCUCAGCCUUCUCUUGCUCCUUCCGCUCCUUCUCCUCAGCCUUCUCUUGCUCCCUGCGCUCGCGCUCCUCCUCGCGCUGCGCCUCUUUCUCCGCGCGCUCAGCCUCCUUCUUCAGACGCUCCUCCUCGCGCAUCGCGUCGCGCGCCUUCCGCGCCUCCGCCGCCGCCGCCGCGCGCUCCGCCGCGAGCUCCGCCUUGGUCGGUUUCUUCGGCUUCAUCGCCGGCGGCUUGAUGAGGUACUCGAGGAGCCGGAGCAGACGACGCUUGAGCGUGUCUCUCGGCGGCAUCGUCUUCCCCGCGUCGGUUGACCUUCCGUCUUCCGCGUCGUCCUCGGGCUUCUCCGGGCACGGCGCGAGCCCGGCUUUCGCGAACGACAGCGUCUCGUCCGCGCGAAGCGCUUCAAACUGCUCGUCGAGCGCGUCUUGCGACCACGGCGAGAACCCGUGCCGCAGCGACCCGCGCAGGAGGUCCGCGUCGAAGGACUCGUUCCACCACGACACGAGGUUGCCCUUCGCGAUGACGGGAACGACGUCGCGGAACGUCGCGUCGUCCUUCUCCUCGGGCAUCGGAGGGACGUACUCCGCCGGACGCGUCGCGAUCUCCGCCGCCUCGCGCGCGAUGUCCUCCUCGGACUUCUCCACCUCGAUCGCUUCCGACAGCGCGGCGCGCUCCUUGAGGCACUUCGUCGCGCGCUGCCACCCGGAGGCGAGCCGCUUCCAGACGUUCACGCGCGCGAGCGCGACGCGCGCUUCCUCGGUCACCGCGUCCGCGGUGAGCGCGAAGGACUCGUCGCACGCUCUGAGGGUCGACAGGCGUCAGGUGGAGUCGAAAGGCGUCAGAUACGAAGUUGAAAGAGGCGUCGCGGCGUGUCGGGAUCGAACGCGUGGGAUGAGCGGAGAGUGA